AUGUUGAAAUCAAAGACUUUCGUUAAGAAAACGAAAAAAGGUGGUGUCAUGAAAAUAGUGAGAGAGCACUAUUUGCGAGAUGACAUAACGUGUGGCUGUGAGGGGUGUGUCGCGUGUGGGAAGGAGAAUCCCCGAACUCUGGAAAAAUGUCCAGAUCGUUUGUCUACAGACCUGUGCGCUCAUCCUUACUACCUUGUUCCUGACACUAAUGUCGGCCUACAUCAGAUUGAUGUCCUUGCUGAUUCACAGGUCACUAAUGUGAUUGUGCUACAGACAGUGCUAGAAGAGAUCAAGCACAGGAGUUUGCCUGCAUACAAGAAGAUCAAAGAUGCUUUAGCUAAUCCAGAUAAACAUUUCUACAUUUUCUCCAAUGAAUUUCACAGAGACACAUACGUGGAGAGAAAAGAAGGAGAAUCUUCCAAUGAUCGGAAUGAUCGUGCGAUCCGGCAGGCAGUUGAGUGGUAUCAGGAUCAUGUGACCAGGGCAGGUGGAGCUAAGAUUAUCUUACUGACCAAUGAUGCUGAUAACAAAAGACAAGCUGUCAGUCUCAAAUUACAGGCAUUUACAGUUCAUGAAUAUGUUGAGACGUUGAAGGACUGUCAAGGACUGGUGGAUCGUUUAGCGCGCUCAGCUGGAGGGAACGAGAUAAUAGAUGGAAAGAAAACAGAAUACACAGAACAUUUGCCUUUAACGGAACUACAGAGAGGUUUGAAAAGUGGUAAAUAUCUGCAGGGAAGUUUCCAGGCCAGCAGGGAGAACUACCUGGAGGCUAUGGUCAGUGUUCACAAUGAGGAAAAGAUGGUGUUUAUGCAAGGUCACCGUAACCUGAACAGAGCUAUUCACGAUGACAUUGUUGCUGUAGAACUUCUGCCAGAGUCUCAGUGGUCAUGUCCAUCAUCUCUUAUCCUCCAAUCAGAUAUCACAGAAAAGGAUGACGAAUUAGAGGAACAGACAGAGGAAUUGAUGCUAAAGAACAAAGUUCCAAAAGAGUUGCGUCAACCGACAGGCCGUGUUGUAGGCAUCAUCAAGAGAAACUGGCGACAGUACUGUGGUAUAUUACAGCCCAGUAUCAUUAAGGAGAGGACCAGACAUAUAUUCGUUCCAGCGGAGAGACGCAUUCCUCGUCUUUACAUUGAAACAAGGCAGGCAGCAGAUCUAGCCAAUCAGAGAAUAGUGGUCGCCAUUGACUCCUGGCCAAAAAACAGCAAAAAGCCUUUUGGUCAUUUUGUGAGAAAGCUUGGAAACUUUGGGGACAAGGAGACAGAAAACGAGGUGUUACUCCUGGAACAUGAUGUGCCUCACACAGAUUUCUCAGAAAAAGUGUUAAGUUUCCUUCCCAAAAUGCCCUGGUCAAUAACACCUGAGAACAUGAAAAACAGACGAGAUCUGCGUGACUUAUGUAUCUGCAGUGUCGACCCUCCAGGGUGCACAGAUAUAGAUGAUGCCUUACACUGUCGUAAUCUGGACAAUGGGCAUUUAGAGGUGGGCGUGCACAUUGCUGACGUCUCUCACUUCAUCCGACCGGGGACGGCGCUUGAUGCUGAGGCCGCUAACCGAGGAACAACAGUCUACCUCACAGAUCAGAGAAUUGACAUGGUCCCUGGACUUCUGAGUUCUAACCUGUGUUCAUUGAGGGGCAAUGAGGAAAGGCUGGCCUUUUCAGUACUAUGGGAAAUGACAGAGGAUGCUGAAAUUAUCAACACUACCUUCACUAAAAGCGCGAUCAAUUCAAAGGCAGCGUUAACAUAUGCUGAGGCACAGAUGAGGAUAGAUGACAAGGACAUGAAUGAUGACAUCACGCUGGGUUUGCGAGGCUUGAACAGGCUGGCCAAAAUCCUCAAGCAAAAGAGGAUAGACAAUGGGGCUUUGACACUAGCAUCCACAGAGAUCCGCUUCAAUAUUGACAGUGAAACACAUGACCCCAUUGAUGUCCAGGCCAAACAGGUGUUGGAGACAAACUCCAUGGUGGAAGAGUUCAUGUUACUGGCAAACAUAUCUGUGGCUCAGAAACUCGUGGAGGAUUUCCCAGACUGCGCCCUUUUGAGGCGGCACCCUGCACCUCCGCCCUCAAACUUUGAACCUCUGAUUAAGGCAGCUCAGUCAAAGGGAUUCAACGUCAACGUGAAUUCAGGAAAGGAGUUGGCAGACAGCUUAGAGUCUGCUCGCAUCGAGGAUGACCCCUACUUCAACACGAUGUUGAGGAUUAUGACGACGCGCUGUAUGAUGCAGGCGGUCUACUUCUGCAGCGGCAUGAUCCCUGAGGCGGAGUAUCUCCACUAUGGCUUAGCCACGCCCAUUUACACGCACUUCACCUCUCCCAUCCGACGAUACUCUGACAUCAUAGUUCAUCGUCUGCUGGCUGUUGCCAUUGGAGCUGACAGUACGUACCCAGAGUUACUGGACAAACGAAAGUCUCAGUCAUUGUGUAACAACCUGAACUACAGACAUAAGAUGGCACAGUAUGCCGGCAGGUCAUCCGUCAAUCUUCAUACUCAUUUGUUCUUUAAAACUCGUAAAGUUGAUGAGGAGGGCUAUGUUCUGUUUGUGAGGAAGAAUGCCAUCCAAGUGCUUAUUCCCAAAUAUGGUCUGGAAGCUACCAUGUACUUGAAGGGAGAACAAGGGACAAAUAUCUUUACAUAUGAUGAAACUAACAACACACAGACAGCUGGAGAUUGCGUGAUUCAUGUGUUUGACAAGCUGACAGUACAGCUGAGCAUUGACCGCUCAAAUGUUCAGCACCUGAAGCUGUGUGUGAACCUGGUGAAUCCAAAGAUCGCUGGGUUCAGUGUAGAGCCGGCAGGGCCAGAGGUUAGUGGCGAGCACAGCGACAAGGAGCCCCAGAGUAAAAAGCCACGCAGGGCGUAGCAAAGGGAGACCACUAGUGGAUUGAAGGGGACCUCACAAACGUCAUGUUAAAUAUCCACACUGCCGGUGUCAUGCAGAAUCAUUUUAAGAUGUAUUUUUUUGUAAAUAAAUGAUAAGCCUAUGUUUUUAACUUCGAGAAACCAUGUACUUUUAUGAUUGAAAACCAAAAAAUUUUAAAAUCCUGUUAAGAUUCUACUGUAAAAAUAAUUCAUUUUCAGCAGCCAAAUUUUGUUGUUCACAUUUGGGCGCCACACAAAAAAUAGAACUGGUCUUUAUUCACUAACAUAUUUAUUAUACACCAAACAUCAAUGAAUUCAACUUAAAAAUUGAUUAAAGAAAAAAAAUUGGGUUGCUGAGAAUGAAAAUUUGGCACAAAGAUUUAAGGUAGUAAAACAUUAAUAUUUUUUGCCUCUAAAAAUGGAGUGUGAAAUUUUGUCAUUAACCAUGUAUAUUUAUUUACUUUAUUAGAUUGAUUAUGCCGUACUCAAGAAUAUUUCACUUUAUACGAUGGCAACCAGCACUAUGGUGGGAAGAAAACCAUCCUAACCACCUCAUACAACCCCAAAGUACAAUACUGCAUUGUUCCCACUGUUAUAACAGCAUAGGCCUUCAGUGGGUGGGUGAGUGUGUCAUGGGGUCUACAUAUAGACAUGUACCUAUAAUUGUGAAAGUGCUCUCUGACACACUCGCACGCUGGCAAGCUUCCAAACUGCAUUCUCUAGUAUAUAUAUCUGAGCUGAAGCUAAAAUGCAUACAGCCUUUGUGAGAAAUUCUAGUGGUUAAU